CGUCGUUACUGUCUGCGUUCAUGUUCAAUCUCUAUGCCUAUUAUGCGCAUCAUGUUCUUCAUGCAAAGCACAGAUGAAUAAAUCCAUAGAUGUGACCACAUCUACAAUGGACACUACAGCCCUUGCAAAGUUUCUCUCCAAAGUUGAACUGGAAAAACUUUAUCCCAACAAACUCAGAUUACAGUCUCUCUUGGAGAUCAGCAAAAGCAGCACAUCUGAUGAAACUACACAAUCAGAGGGAGAAAUACCAUGGAGGUUUCUCAGAAGCCUUUUUAAAGUCAAUGCAGAAUGCAGGAACUGUACACAAUUAUCAAACAAUGAUGAUAUGGAAGAAAAUGAUCUGCUUGAUCUGGACCUUUACACAACAGAUGACUCUGAUAAUGAUGUUAACCCUCUUGACCUCAUAGUAGCUCUCUUCCUUUGUGCGGACAGCUUCUUGCAACAGGAAAUGUCUCUCAAAAUGUCCAUGUGCCAGUUUUCUGUCCCACUGCUGUUGCCUCAUGGCAAUAAGAGUCAGUGUAGCCUGAUGCUUUGGGCUCUGAGAGACAUCGUCAAAGAGUGGCGUCCACAUGAUUUGUCUGAAUCAAAAGGUUUUGUUGAAGACAACAUUGUUCAAGCAGAUCUACCGUUCUAUUCCUUUGUGAGGCUGAAAAACUGCAGUUUAUCAAAGUCUCAGUUUAUGAACCAGAUUCUCAGUCGUAGCCAACAGAAUCACAAUAUCUUCAUACACAGAGAUAUGGAAGGAGGAGGAGUUAGAAGAGAAAUAUCCAAUGGACUGGUAGAGGUCUGCUGGUAUCUUCCCAGAGGGAGAGAGAAUCUAGACAUAUUUCCAGAGCCUGUCACCUUCGCCAAUAUGAGAGGAGACAUUUGUGAGUCACUUGAACAGUUCAGUUUUCUUCUCCAAGUGUCAACUGUCACCUUUGUGUUCCUGGACAAAGUUGAAGAAAAUGAGCUGAAGGUUCUGACUUCUGUUAAAGAUAUGAAAUCUAAACUCUUCCUGGUAGUUAAUCAGAAGGACGGGAGUGUUAGAGAAGACAUGAUGUCAGUCAAGACUGCAGUCGAAAAAUUAGGUUUACCCAAGGGCAGUUUAAUAAUUAAAAAAUCCUGUGGCAACGGAGCAGAGUUUUCAAAGAAACUAACCGAAGUCAUCAAUACAUGCCUCUCAGAUGUCAAAGCUACAACCAGCAUAGAAAAUAUGAUUGAAAAAGCUGUUGAACUUGGUCUGUCUGUGGAUGAAAACAAAACUGACCAACAAAACAAAGCAGCCAAAGAGAUUAUUGAUGGCAUUGGGGUCAGAUCAAUUCCACAAUACAAGAGUCAGCAACUUCCUCUGCAAGGAGAUAAAUGGAAAAUGUUAUCAAACCUCGAAAAGGAGGAGUGUAGACUGAAUAAAUCUGGUGGCUCAAGUCUGGAAGAGUAUAAAUCUCACCUACAAGAAGAAAAACAAAAAAUUAGGAAUGAGCAAAAGAAAUACAAACUAUCAAAAGGAAUGGAGACUUUUAUUGAUAAUUUAUCAACAAAUGACAAAAGAAAGAGAGACUUUUUCCUCAAGUGGAUGAAACUAAAACUUGAUACCAAUUCAAGAAAAAAACUGUUUGUACUGCGAAAUAAAUUCAAAGAGCAAUGCAAGAAGAAAGAUGUGAAACAAAUAGCAGAGUUGGAUCAAGCUUUGGUGGAGAGUUCUCUAGGUGUAGAACAUUACAUGAGAGAGAUGGGACUGAUCUAUGAGUUUUUACAAGAACCUCAUCAUGAAAGAUAUCAUCUCCCUUCUCUGGCUGCUGAACUGUUGUUGGAUGGAUAUCCUUUAGAGCUCUUGGAUGGAGAUGCUUCCAACAUCGCAGAAAGAUGGGUGACAGAUGUGCUGAUGGAGCUUCACAAGAAGGUUGGAGAGAAGAGCAGACUGUUGGUACUGACUGUAUUAGGAGUUCAAAGUUCAGGGAAGUCAACACUCCUCAACACCAUGUUUGGUGUACAGUUUCCUGUCAGCAGUGGCAGAUGUACCAGAGGAGCUUAUAUGCUGUUCCUCAAAGUUGGAGAGGAUUUGAAAAGUGACUUAAACUCUGACUUCAUAGUUCUCAUUGACACAGAAGGUCUAAAAUCUCCUGAUAUGGCACAACUAGAGGAGAGUUAUGAGCAUGACAACCAGCUGGCAACCUUUGUAAUCGGCCUCAGUGAUGUCACCAUCAUCAACAUUGCAAUGGAGAACUCAACUGAAAUGAAAGAUGUCCUGCAAAUCACAGCUCAUGCAUUCUUGAGAAUGAAAGAGAUUGGUAAAAAACCCAUUUGUUAUUUUGUACAUCAGAAUGUUGCAGCAGUUUCAGCUGAUUUCAAGUGUCUGACAGAAAGAAAACAUCUGUUGGAUCAACUCAAUGAAAUGACACAAAUUGCAGCUGAAAUGGAAAAGCAACCUUCUAUCAAAGCCUUCACUGAUGUACUGGACUAUGACAUAGAUAAAAACAACUGGAACAUCCCAGGACUCUGGUAUGGAACACCUCCAAUGGCUCCAGUGAACAUAGGUUACAGUGAAGCUGUAGCUGAUUUCAAGAAACAUCUUCUGGAGACAAUGAAAGAUGAAAGAAGAUCUGAGCCCCCACAGAUCCCGGAGUUUCUAGAAUGGAUGAGAAGUCUCUGGAAAGCAGUCAAAUACGAGAACUUCAUCUUCAGUUUCAGAAACACUCUUGUGGCUCAUGCCUAUGACAACCUUUGUAAAGAGUUCAGUGACUGGGAGUGGGAGUUCAGGAAAGAGAUUCUCUCCUGGCAGACAGAAGCAGAGGUAGAAAUUCUCAAUGCUGGAAAUGAAUCUGAACCUCAACAUUUAACUGAACUGGUUGAAUCAAGAGAACAGCAAGUUUCAGAAAAAAUAGAAGUCCAGCAACAAUUAAUGAAGCAGAAGGUUGUGGACUACUACAAAAGAAAAAACGUACAUGCAAAUCUCAUAGAAAAAUACAAAACUGACUUCAUCAACAACGUCAGUUGUCUUGCUAAAGAAAUCAAACGUUCAGUUCACAGUAAGCUGGACUAUGUCCUUGAGUUAAGAAAAAGCUCAAAAGAAAUACAGGACAUUCAGAGGAAACACAGAGAAAUGAUUGAAGAGCACGUAAGGAAAUUUGUGACUGGAGAGAAGGAGAAGAAGAAGAAAAAGAAGGAGAAGACGCCGUCCGUUGAACAACUCAAAUGUGAGUUUGAGAAGAUGUGGACUAAAGCCACAGAAAAGGUGUCAGGUCUACCUGAA